GGAGGACGAGAUGAUGAUGGCGAACAUCAAAGCGAUUCUAUAACAGGAAAAAUUCAUUUUUCGCCGACGAAGCCGGCUCAACGAUGGAAGGACAUAUUUUUCCCGACCAGGAGCAGCUCCUUCUGUUCCUGAGGAGGCUUAAGGAGGUUUUCGACGUGUGUGACGAGGAUGCUGACGGCUUCAUCCGGGUGGAGCACUUGGUAGACCUCGGUCUGCAGUUCGGUCAAGGAGACAAGGUGAAGAAGUUAAUCAGGUACCUGGAUCCUAACACUCAUGGGAAGAUCAACUUCAAAGACUUUUGCCAUGGAGUGUUUGCCAUCAAAGGUUGUGAGGAGAUACUGAAGAUGGCUGUGGGUCCUCGCACUGUUACCUCCAACCAGCCAUCUGUUACUGACAAUGGUUACAUUUACCAGAAUGGUGAGGCUGAGCUGGUCCCUCCCAUUAUUGUGUGUACGCGCUCCUACCCAGAGUGCAGUGGGUAUGGUAAGGGUUGUAGUGCUGAUGGGGAGUGUGACAUGGACAGCAGCACUGAAAACGCCAACAGCUCUGACUCUUCAACACAGCAAGACAGCCACCCAAUUGGCUCCGCGUCUGCGUCUGUCAUCGGGGAGGAGCAGUUUGAGGACUACGGUGAAGGCGAGGAUGUGGAUUUUACUCCCAGCAGUCCUUGCCCUGAAGAUGACACCCGAACAAACGGCUUCUCAGACUUAGGAUCGUCCCUCCCCUCCAGUGCUGGGCAGACUCCUCAGAAGAUGAGGCAGCUGUAUAACAGUGAGCUGCUGGACAUAUACUGCUCUCAGUGUUGCAAGAAAGUCAAUCUGCUCAAUGACCUGGAGGCUCGACUUCGAAACCUUAAGGCCAACAGCCCUAACAGAAAGAUUUCCAGCACAGCAUUUGGACGGCAGUUGUUUCAGGCCAACCACAGUGUGUUUGGGUCCAGUCAGGGCAGCAGCACUGAGGAUCUGUUCACAGACAGCAUCGACUCCUGUGACCUAGACAUCACAGAAAAAGUCAGUUAUCUGGAGAAGAAGGUGACAGAAUUAGAAAGUGACAGUCUGGCCAACGGUGACCUCAAGUCGAAACUCAAACAGGAGAACACACAACUUGUACACAGGGUGCACGAGUUGGAGGAGCAGGUGAAGGAUGCAGAGGCAAAGGCAGAUCAGAGUCUGGAGGAGGAGUCAAAGAGGCACCGGGAGGCCUACAGCAAGAUGGAUAGGGACAGAAACACAAAGAUAGACCUGCUCUGCAAUAGGGUACAGCUGUUGGAGGAAGAGAAUGGAGAGCUGAAAUUAAAUGUGUGCAGACUCAAGUCUCAGACUGAGAAACUGGACCAGGAGAAGCAGAGAAUGACAGACAAACUGGAGGACACUAGUCUGAGGUUGAAAGAUGAGAUGGACCUCUACCGGAAGAUAAUGGACAAGCUCUGGCAUAACCGUCAUGAGUUUCAGAAGGAAAAAGAGGCCAUGCAGGAGUUAAUUGAUGACCUCCGCCGGGAGCUGGAGUAUCUGCAGUUAUUUAAGAUGGAGAUGGAGCAUCCAGGACAGGGCAAGGGGCUGUACGAGUACAAUGCCAGGACCAGAGAGAUUGAAAUGGAACAUGAAGUCAAGAGACUGAAACAGGAAAACUAUAAGCUGCGGGAUCAGAACGAUGACCUGAAUGCUCAAAUUCUCAGUCUAAGUUUGUAUGAGGCUAAGAACCUGUUUGCCUGUCAUUCCAAGGCCCAGUGCCUGGCAGCUGAGAUUGACAAUGCAUCCAGGGACGAGUUGGUGGAUGCUUUGAAGGAGCAGGAGGAGAUCAACCUGCGUCUGAGGCAGUACAUGGACAAAAUAAUUUUGGCCAUUCUCGACCAUAACCCAUCCAUACUGGAGAUCAAGAGUUAAACACCCCCCCCCCCCCACACACACACACACACACACACACACACACACACACAAACAAACAAACCGAGUUGUAAUCUUUAUGAUUGUAAUCCUGGUUACUGGUGAAAUCCAACAGAAGAGCAAGGGGUGAGUUUGUUAAGUGUACAGCCAAACAAAUUCAUGUUGUUUUCAUGAAGAAGUCAAACAAUAUUAGGAAUAAUAAGCAUUACUCCUUGUAAUAUUUCAAACUGAUUCCAUGUCUUGUUAUGUAGACACUGUUUUUGAUGAAUGAUCAGGGUCAAACUGUGUCUUCUCAGUCCCUCACAGUAACAGCAGUAAAAGUGAACAAUCAGCAGUGAGUGUUGGGUUAGCAUCAGCAGUAACACAUAAUUGCAUGCGCCAUCGUUUCCAGUCAAUCCUUAGUGCCUGAUAGGUCAGUCUGAACCCAGAGAAGGAAUAGCAGACUCUACCACUAAUAAGAGAGGCAAUUACUGACUGUAAAUACAUUGAAUGGCUAUUGCUUAAAACAUAACAACUGACAGUGAAUAGGAUCAAAAACAGAUUUCAUGAAAAUUUUAAGGAUUAUAACUAUUAACUUAAGGCCAUAAUCUUAUUGUUUUAAAUGUUCUCACUAAUAAUGACUGAAACUGUCACUCACAAAUGUUGUUACACACAAACAUAUAUCUACACAACCACAGCUGACUGUCUUCAGAGUCACUACAACCAAAAAUUUAAUGUUAAUAAUUAUUAUCUACAGAUACUGAAACUGGGACUAGAAAAUAUUAGGGAUUACAUAAAAACAUAUUUUGAUGUUCACUUUAUUUCUUGUAGUCACAGAUGGUCACAUUAGUCACAUUAGUUGUUCAGUAGCUCUACAGCUGCUGAUUAUAAUGGACUCACUCACUGAGACUGAAAGAGAGGUAGGAUUUGAGGAGUGCAGGACAUAAAAUAAUUAGCCAUGUAAAGACCAUACCAGUGUUUUGCAUGUUUUCUACAAACCAUUUGCCAAAACAGUCUAGAAUGAAUUUUGGAUGUGUUUUUAUCUUUGUCCAACCUUCAUUUCAAGUAAUAUGAAAGUCAGUCUGUGAAGACUUAAAACUAGCUUGAGUGUACUUUUAAUGUGAACAUCAUGAAUAAAUGAAUAAAUGGAAAACAGUGGAAGCAUCUGGAGGAACACCUCACAAAAUAGUUCAAAAUUUGUGGAAUUAUGCUGAUUUGCUUUAAUUUUAAGAGUGAAAUGGGAGGAUUGGCAUCAGUCUCAUGUCUGUGUGUUCACCUCUGAACUGGAGUCAAGAGAUGCUUAGCUUAGCUUAGUUUAGCUUGGCUUAGCUUGGCUUAACUUAAUUUAGCGUAGUGUAAAGACUUAAAAGUGGGGGAACAGUUGGCCUGGCUUUGCUGAGAAGUACAACUCAAAGCUCAGUGAUUAACAGCUCGCAGAUUAAACAGUUUGCAGAUUAAACAGUUUGUUUAAUCUGCUCACAAACUAAAGUGGUUUAGUUUUAGAGGUGGCAAUGCUUUUGAAGUAUGCAUUCAAAUGCUGAAAUGUAAUGUUAGGUUUUUGUAUAUAUACUGUCAACGGCUGCAGCAUGCAUAAACACUGACAUGGGCUAUUUAGGUGGCACAACUUUUAGCCUUUUAAUAUGGCGGUGAUGAUAUGCUGUAUACAACAUCAAAUCCAUUUUCGUAGUUGUCACUGAGCCUUUGUGUGUCUGAAGACUCCUUGUGAUAAUGGUAUUUAAAGGUGCUAAAAGACAAUACUAUGUGCCAUAUCUGAACUUUUCACUGUUUUCAUUGGCUUCAAUAGUUGAAGGCCAUCAUACAGAACUGGAUGGCUAACUUACAUCUCUCAUACAAAAAGAGCAUGUUUCAUGAUGAAAUGUCAACAAGAGCUGGAAUCACUGACUACUGAGUAGAGCAGUGGCAUUCAUUGAAAUUUGCUCUGUGGAGAUGUUGACCACUAGUGCCAUAGAGCAAGUAGCUCCAUGUUUUUUUCACACUACUUGUGCUGAUAGACAGUUGGUGGUGAUAAAACACCAUCAGACAUGUGGAACACAGGCAGUGACAUGGAUAUAACAACACAGGACUAAAAUCAUGAAUAAAUCAACUUUGCUUACAUUUUAUGACCUGAAGGACACAUAGAACUUUGUUUACAGGAAAACUCCAUUGUCCAACUUUAAGUAAAGGUGUUCAUAUUUUGCUCCUCAGUCUAUCACCAAUGUAUUACAAAUUACAAAUAGUUGAAAAAAAUCCAGAAAUAUUGUAUUAAUACUGAAUACUACUUCGGUGUUCUAUAGAAAAAAAAGGCUUGUAUUACUAAAAGACACCCACUGAUUUAAGAUGUGGAAACUGUUGAUUUUUGUGCUGCCUUUAGUAUCUGCCUUUGUGAACAACUAUGUUGUAAACUAGUCUCAACUAUUUUUUUCAUGUCACUCAGUGUCAUUCCACACAUACUUCUCACACUACAGUGUGACCUGGAUGCACUAUCCAAGCACACAGGUGUGUGCCAGUGAUCAGAGCAGUGAUGAGCUGUUGUAUUGAGCACUAUUUGAUGUUACAAAUUAGAGUUUUGUUGUAUUGCACAAAUUGUUCACCCAGUGAUUUAUUUGCUUGUUCUUUCCUUGGUUUUGUGGAUUUGCAUAUGAAGUAUGAAAAUAGAUUAUUAAAGAGG